GUGCCCCAAGCAGCCGAAACGAACCAUCCAACCGCCAACAGAGAACCACCACCUCAGUUGGCCAAAACCAUUCUUUUGCCUUUUACCUCUCCAGUGGAUUAUUUUUGCCCUAAAAAAAAGAUAUAACCAACGAAAAAAUAAGAAACAUCAAAAAAACUGUCAAGUGAACACAAAUACCGAGUUGAACAAACCCAUAAAGUGCGCGAAAUGUUGAGCUACGUGUAAAAGCGAUUCCAAGGAUCCUCUAUAACUCUGUGAGAUUCCAAAUCAAAAGAAUCGAGAAUCGAGAAAGAAAGUGGCUAGUGAUCCCAUAGAACACGGAGAGUUCUAAAACGACAAAAAUCCGUUCUGUUACUUGAGUGAAAAAGUUACAACCGCAAGAUGACAAGAAGACGUUCGAGUCCGCCGGGACUCGAGGAGCUGCUAUAUCUGGCUCUGGUCCUUCUAGCCAUGGUCCUGAUACCCACACAAGCCGCCCCGGUUCAGGAAUAUACGGAGAUCCAACAGUAUUCGGAGGGGUGCUACUACAACUAUGCGCAUUACCAGGAGGGCGACCGCAUCAUGACCAAUGAGCCGUGUCUGAACUGCACCUGCCACAACCGCAUGCUGAUGUGCUAUCUGCGCGUCUGCCCCUUCACCAAGCCCAUUGGCCACGACUGCAUCGUGGAGAAGCGGGAGGACCAGUGCUGUCCCAUCAUCACCUGCCCAGAAGUUCCCGUGGAUGCCUAUCACUCCCCGGAACCCGGUACCGAAUUGAGCAUCCCCGAGAAGUUCGGCUGCAGCAUCGAGGAGAAGUUCUACCCCGAGGGCGCCCAAGUGCCAUCGAACCCCAACAAACCCUGCGAGCUCUGCUACUGCAUCAACAACCAGACCAAGUGCGUCAUGCAGGAGUGCAUCCAUGUGGACGGCUGCCUGCCCAUCUACAACAAGGGAUCCUGUUGCCCAGUGCGUUAUAGUUGCGACCAUGAGAACGAGUUGGACUUUGUGGACCAGUCGACCACCACGACAACCACCACAGUGCGUCCCACCACUGGCUUCAUCCUGGCCAGCACCAUGACGCCACCAACGACCAUGGACUGCAUCCACGAUGGUGAGGUCUUCGCCGACGGAGCCUCCCUGAAGGGCAAGAAUGCCUGCGAGCACUGCUACUGCAUGCGCGGAGAUAUCGUGUGCGCCGUCCAGGAGUGCGAGGUGCCCAUGAUGGCAGCCAAUGGCAAGUCCUGCCGAGCAAUGCCAGCCGCCGAUGGCGAGUGCUGUCCGAGCAACUACGUCUGCGAGGACGAUAGUGCCACCACUGAAAUCGUUGAGAUCACCACGCCUGAGAGUGUUACUUCGGUGCCAGCCAAGGGUAUUCACGCCGAGAUCCCCAAGGAGGAUGUGGACCUGCAAGAGCACAUCGAUGACGAGGAGAAGGACCAGGAGAAGGAGAAGGAGAGCGCCACCGAAAGUCCUGCCGCGGAGCUGGGCAGCGGAGAGGUUGAGGACGAAGAGGAGGAAGAGAAAGAAAAGGUCACCACGGUCGCUCCAGUCCAGGUCACCGACGAGAAGGACUUCUCCUUCGAGCCCGAGUCCUCCACCGCUGGCAUUCCCUCCGAUUCCAGGAUCGAUGUGCCCUCGUCCACUGAGGAAAUCAAGGAGUCGUCCACCGAAGCCGCCGAGGAAGAGAUCGUCAAGAUCGUCACCACUCCAGAGCCCGAGGGUAGCGGCGAAGAGGAUGUGUCCAAGCCUGCCCAGGUUCCCGAGAAGGAAAUCAUCGAAGAUGAGCUCAUCAAGGUCAGCACUUCUGCUCCUCCCAAGGCCAUCCCUGAAGAGGAAGUGGUCAAGGCCACCACAGCGACACCAACGGAGGAAGAGGAUGUUAAGCCCACGACCGCCGGCACAACUAGCGAAGAAGAGGUUGAGGGUAAGCCCACGCCUGAGGAGGAAGGAAGCGGUGAGGAGGAGAAGGAAGUCAAGGUCACAGCAGCUCCAGAGGAAGCCAAGCCCACUUCCGCUCCAGUGGCAAGUGACGAUGAAAAGGAACCGGAAUCCAAGCCUACUGAAGGCAGUGGUGAUGAAGACCAGGAAGUCAAACCCACUUCUGCUCCGGCUGCGGGUGAAGCGGAAGAGGAAGCCACUCCAGCUCCCGAAGAAAGUGAGGAACAGGAAGAAGGCAAGCCCACUCCAGCUCCAUCAGCAAUUGAAGAUAUUGAACCAGCCAAGCCCACCGAAUCCUCAGAGGAAGCCAGCAGCGAAGGAGAAGAAGAGGUCGUUAAGGGAACCACACCUGCUGGAGAAGCCAGCAUUGCAGGUGAGGAGGAGAUCAUCCCUGGAACCGUACCUCCUAGCAUCGAAGAUGAAAUUGUUCUGCCUGCCGAAGAAUCUAGCACCGAAGGAGAAGAGAUUGUUAAGGCAACCACCCCUGCCGGAGAAUCCAGCAGCGAAGGAGAAGAGAUUAUUGUCAAGGAAACCACUCCUGCCGGAGAACCCAGCAGCGAAGAAGAGAUCGUCAAGGGAACCACACCUGCCGGAGAGCCCAGCAGCGAAGGUGAAGAAGAGGUCGUUAAGGCAACCACUCCUGCCGGUGAAGUUAGCAGUGAGCCCGAAGAGGAGAUCGUUAAGGAAACCACACCUGCCGGAGAACCAAGCAGCGAAGAAGAGAUCGUCAAGGGAACCACACCUGCCGGAGAGCCCAGCAGCGAAGGUGAAGAGGAGAUCGUCAAGGGAACCACACCUGCCGAAGAGUCCAGCACCGAAGGCGACGAAGAAGUCAUUAAGGCCACCACUCCAGCUCCUAAAGUCGAAACCGAAGACGAGAAAGAACCAGAGACUGCCACUGAAGCUCCAGCAGAAGAAGUGGAGGACUUGGCCAAGCCCACAACGCCAAUUCCUGAGACUGAGGAAGAGCCCAUUGCUGGAACUCCCAUUCCAACUGAAGAUGUCAGUGCCGAAGAAGAGUUUGUCAAGGCCACCACACCAAAGACUUUGGGAGAGCAGCCCGAAACCGCCGAAGUGUCCACCGAGUUGCCAGUUGAAAAGGGUGAGCUCCCAAGCUCGACCAGUGCUCCAGGAAUUGCUUCCUCGACCGAAGGUGUCGAGGUUGCUUCAGUUGAAACUACUAGCACUGCUCCUGCCCGAGCUGGAGACCAUGAGGAAACCGGCGCCACCGAGGAAACUCCCGAGGACAAGGAACCCGAAGAAGUCGAACAGGAUGCCACCGACUUGCCAGUCGAAGAUGCUGUCCACAGCACAACUGCAAAGACCACAACUACUGAGCGUAAAGAGGAGUCCUCAACUGAGUCCGAGGAAGUCGAGUCCUCAACUGCUAGCCCCGUCGAAAAAGAGGCCGCAGACAAGGAUCACAAGGACGAGGAAGAUGUACAGACAAGCACUGAUCUGCCAGCCAAAUCUGAUAUUGUGCCUUCUGUUGGCGAUGCCGAAGCCUCUACUAGUCAACCCGAGACCAGCGAUGAAGCCGCUACAGAUAAGCCAACCGCUGUUUAUCUGCCGCCUGGAGACAUAGACUCUGCGGAAGAAUCGGGAGCUCCGACAGAGCCAUCUGUCCAAGAGGAACCAUCUAAGGAGACCACUCCAGUGCCCCAGGAAGUCCCAUCCAGCACUGCUAAGGUUGACAAUCGCAACGACUUCGAGACAGAGAAACCCACCCAGCCACCAAGUGGCGAGGAUCAGAGCCCUGUCCGACUCCUGCCCGCAAUGGAUCUGCCCGCUGUUAUUCCUGGCGAAGGCGACUGCCUGGUGGAGGGCAAGACCUAUGCCAACAACACCAUCGUGCCCGCCACAGCUCCCUGCGACGUAUCCUGCAGAUGUAUCAGCAGCCUGGUGGCCUGCCAACAGGUGGAGUGCAAGUUGCCCGAGAACCUGGAUAAUUGUACCGUGGCUUCCGAUCUGGUGGAUGGUUGCUGUCCCACUUACGUCUGCGAUGAGAGCACUGAAAGUGCUGAGAAGGAACAGGACUCCACUGCCAAGCCUGAGGACAAGAUCGACGAGGAUGUCUCGGAGAUCAGCACCGAACAAAUUCCCCAGGAUGUCGGCAUGCCAACUGGCAUUACUGACCAGCCUCUUUCUCAUGUUAAGCAAGAAGAGAUCGUCCCAGUGACAUCUGUUCCCACCCAUGUUGAUGAAUCUACAACAGCUGCUAAGGCUGAUAAGAAACCAAUUGAUGAAUCCGAGGAGGAUAAGAAACCAAUUGAAGAAUCCGAGGAGGAUAAGAAACCCGUUGAAGAAUCCGAGGAGGAUAAGAAAAUUGAAGAAUCCGAGGAGGACAAGAAACCAAUUGAAGAUUCCGAGGAGGAUAAGAAACCAGUUGAAGACUCAGAAGAGAAGGACAAGCCUUCGCCUGCUGUUACUCCUGCAAGUGAGAUCGAAGAGGAGACCCAGAAACCCCUUGAAAAGGAACCCAAGCCCGAGGAUGAGAAGAAGACGGAGGGAGAAUUCGUGGCAGCCACUGAGCAGCCAGAGGCUUCCACUCCCGCCCAGUUUGCCGACGAUGCCGAGAAGGAGGCUGAGGAUAAAUUGGCCACUACAUCUGCUCCCAUUUCAACUGAAGAAGAGCCCAAGCCAGUCGAUGAAAAGAAACCCACUGGGGAGAGCCUCCCCGAUGUCGAAAUCCCUGCCAGCACUGCUCAGCCCGAGAAGGAGACUCCAGAGGCCUCGACUGAACUGCCAACUGCUGAUCUCGACAAGAAGCCAGAGGCCGAGGAACCAUCUGCAUCCACCGAGGCACCUGAGUCCGAUAAGAUUCCCGAAGUUUCAACCAGUGCUCCAGCUGGAGAUGAGAUUGAAGAAUCUGACAAGUUCACUACCGUUUCUCCAUCGAAGACUGCUGCUGCUGACGAAACUGGUGAUGAAGAUAUCGUUCCUGCAACCUCUGUGCCCAUUGAAAGCGAUAUUGAAGUUAGCACCAAGAAGCCAGACAUCCAUGGACCACCACUACCUACACUUGCUCCAGCACAGCCAGAGAAGAAACCAGUCGAUGAAAGCUCCACUGAAGCUGAGAUCAGCACUGAACCAAGCGCUGAGGUCGAAAAGGAUACCUCUGAUGAAACAUCCGAGUCCGACAAUGAAAUCGAAGGUGAUGCUACUCCUGCUCCUGUACCUGCUGGCGAGGACAAGACCCCGAGCACUGAGAAGACUGUCGAGGCCGAAGAAAAGGCCACUACAGUUGCCCCAGCUAUUGGCGAUGAGGAGGAGGGUAUGCCCAAGCUACCCCAGGAUAUCUUUGAAGAGGAACUGCCUGCCGCCAUUACUACCCCAGCUCCAACAAAGGGAGAAGAGGAACAAAAACCAGUUGAGGAUGAAGAAAAACCAGUCCAAGAAGGACAGCCAGUCGAAGAAGGCGAGAAGCCCAUUGAGGAUGAGACCUCUACAGCUUCCUCCACUGAAAAUGAGAUCGAGCCUGAAUCUGAUCGUGCAACUACUGCUGCUCCUACUAAGGAAGAGUCUGUCGAACCAUCCACUGAAUCUCCUGCCUCUGAUGAGAGCAAGGAAACCCCUGAGUCUGAAGUGCCCGCAACCGUUGCUCCUGCUGAUGAGAAGCUUCCAACGAGCAGUAUCACUCCCGAUGAGGAACCCACUGCCACUUCAGCUCCUUCUGCCAAGCCUGAUGAAGUUGUAGAGGAGGAAACUAGCAGCGAAACCGUCACAGGAAUUCCAGAGUCUUCCGAAGAAGAGGAUAAGGAAACAUCCACUCCAUCUCAGGUUCCAGAAGAGAAACCUGAAGCACCUGCCAAGACUCCAGAGGAGGAAGAGGAAUCUGUCGGUGCCACCAGAGCUCCAACGACCGCUGAUGAAGUGCCUGCUAUACAGAGACUGCCUGAAGAGGUCCUUGCUGAGAUUCCGCAACCAUCGACUGAGACUGGAGUUAAGGAGGACGAAACUACUGCUGCUCCAACAGAAGAACCUGCUGUCACCUCAAUCCCAUCCGCUGAAAUCGACGAAGAAGCCACCACAGUCGCUCUCGCUGAGAAGGAUGAGAAGCCAACUGAGGAAGAGAAACCAGAGGAGGAGAAACCAACUAAAGAGGAGAAACCAACAGGAGAAGAGCCAUCUGAGGAAGAGAAACCAACUGAAGAGCAGCCAUCUGAGGAAGAAAAGGAGAAGCCCACAGAGAUAUCUACUGAGGGUCCUACCAAGAUUGCCACCCCAGAAGAUAAGCUUGAAACUCAGUCUGCCUCUACUGAAGCUUCCGAGGAGGGAUCUACUGAAUCUUCUGAAGAAAUUGAGCCAUCGACUGAAGGAACUGUUGAUGAGCAGCCCGAAGACAAGCUGCCCUCGUCCACGGCCCAAGCUCCAGUUGAGAAGAUUCCCGAAAUCUCCACAGAACUGCCAACUGAAAUUCCCGAAAAGCCUACAACCGUUGCCCCUGUGUCCGCCGAUGAAGAUGCCUCUGCUCCGACCGAAGACAAGAUUCCCUCAGUUUCCAGCGAGGAAGACGAGAGCCCAGAAGUCACUACUGCCUCUCCACCAGCGGCCGAAGAUGAUGAAACUAAGACAUCUUCGGAAGUUGAACCAUCUUCCACUGACAAGGUACCAGAGACUGAAGACAAGAAGCCCGAGGACGAGAAGGAGGCAGAAGAGAAACCAGAGUCUGCUACCCAAGUGCCUGAGCUUCCAGAGGAGACAGUGCCUUCCUCCACAUCGGCCCCAGUUGCUGGUGAAGAUAUUGAAAAGGAGGAGCAAGCUACCUCUGCCUCGCCUGUCCAGGAGGAGGGAGAAGAGACCAAGCCAACCAGCGCUCCAGCUGCUGAGAUUCCCGAACCAUCUGAAAAGGAACCAGCCCUGGAUGAACAAGAAGUGGAGGUCACAACGAAGCCCAGCAUCGAAGAAUCUGAAGAGCAACCAAUCGAUGAAGCUGCCCCGGCAACUUCUGGACCCAUUGAGGAAGCUUCUACCGCCGUCCCAACCAAGGUCGAAUCCAGUACCCCAUCUCAGAAGAAGGACGAUAUUGAUGUCACCACUGCUGCCAGCCCAGCUUCGCCUGCUGCUCAGGAAGAUGAAACAAAGGAUGCCACCACUGUUCAACCAGUGGCCGAUGAGAAGGAAGUGUCUGCUCCCCAGGACGAUACCAAGACAUCCAUUGAUGUAUCCACCGAUUCUCCCAUCGCCCAAGAGGAAGAGGAACAAGACAAAACCGAGGCUCCAUUGGCACCCACCACUGUUGCAUCGCCCGCCGCUGAUUCUACUGCCACCACUCCAUCUGUGGGUGUUCCUUCUGCCGUUGACAUCGACACGAAGCCCAUGGAUGAAGUCAUGUCCCAGACUAUUGAUCCGCAUGCCGCCGAAGAGUCUGCGUCCAAGUCCCCUGAGGAUGAAGAACAGUCUCCCGUUACUGUGGCUCCCCAGGAUGCUGCUAAGGUUCCAGCUAGAACCGGACCCCAUGAUGCUGAUAAGACUCCCGUCUCAGAGGCUCCUCAGGAUGCUGAGGAAGGCCCAGCUACAGCAGCUCCUCAGGAUGAAGACAAGAUUCCAGCUACAGUUGCUCCCCAGACUGAUGACAAGACUCCAGCUACAGUGUCAUCUCAGACUGAUGAUGAAAUCCCAGCCACAUCUUCUCCUCUUGAUGAAGAAAAGGUUCCAGCUACAUCAGCUCCUUUGGAUGAUGAAAAGAUUCCAGCCACAGAAGCUCCUAUUGAUGACGAAAAGAUUCCAUCGACAUCAGCUCCUCUGGAUGAUGAGAAGAUUCCCAUUCCAGUGGCUCCAGUUUCUCCUGCUGUUUUCGAUGUGGAGCCUAGCAGCGAGAAGCCUUCUGUUUCUGAGGACGUUGGUGAAGAGAGCACCGAACCAGCUAUCGACGAUGCUGAGGAUAGCACUGAUGAGCCCACAGGUGAUGCCAAACUGAAGCCAUCCACUCCAGCGCCAGCUGUGCCAUCCGAAUCUCCAGUCACUGAAUCGGAGAUUACGCCGGAGACCGCAGCUCCAGAAGUGGAGAAGGAGGUUCCAGAAAAGACCACAGAACAAAAAGAGCCGGAGAAGGAGGUGCCAGAGAAGUCCACCGAACAACAAGAGGUGGAGAAGGAGGUGCCAGAGAAGGCCACUGAACAGCCAGAGUCGGCUGACGAGAAGACCACUCCAGAGCCAAUCGUGAAGCCCAGCUUGGACUCAACCGAGGAGGGUGCGGAGUCCGUUGAGUCCGAGGAGGAGCAUGCUCCAGUUACGGAGGCAGCUGAGAAGGAGGACGAGAGCAAGGAGACUGAGGAGGAGACUGACAAGAAACCCGUGCCAGAGGAGCCUGAGGUUCCCGCCGUGGUUUCGGAGAUUCCGCAGCCAAGCGAAGAGGCCGUUCCCACCACUGGCCACCCACUGUUCCCACACCUGCCCAGCAGCUCCACCAAGUCACCAGCUAUCGAUGAUCGCAUUGGCGAAGAUGAUGAAGAGAAUACCACCGCCAAAUUGAGUGCUUCCAGCACCACAGAGGCUCCUGUGACCAGCGCUCCCUCGACGACGACGGUGGCCAGCCAACAGCAACAGCCCAUCACCCCGCCACCCUACGGCCACGCCCCCGAGUACGAGGACGAGUACGACGAGGAGGAGGUCUUCGGACCCGGAACCUGCCGAUACGCCGGCAAGCUAUACGUGUCCGCCCAGCAGAUUCCACGUGACGAUCCCUGCGACUUCUGCUUCUGCUUCCGCAGCGACAUCAUCUGUCUGCAGCAAUCGUGCCCGCCGCCAAUCGCCGGCUGCCACGAGGAGCCCAUCUCCGGCUUCUGCUGCCCGCGCUACGAGUGCCCAGUGUCCAUGGCCGCCGUGCUGAACAUCACCACGAGCACGACCACCACCAGCACCACCCUGCCGCCCCACUUCCUCCACUACUCGCACGGCGAGGCGGUGAAGCACACCGGCUGCCUGAUCAACGGCCGUUCCUACCGCGUGGGCGAGCAGAUCGAGUCCACGAGUGGUCCCUGCAUCAGCUGCACUUGCGGCGGUGACGGCAAGAUGAAGUGCGAUCCCCAGCAGUGCGUCCCCGAACCCACCAUGCAGCAGGUGAUGGCCGCCGUGGCGUCGGGACGCAAGAGAUGAACCACCAGCCAUGCUCACUAAAUAUAAUUUAACUAAUUCUUAAGCACUGCAGACAACAAUCACGAACCGACGAACCAACCAGCCCAGAUAGCACCACUCGCCAACUAGCAGCAAUAGCAAUAGAAAUCACCAGAUAACAGAUACCAUCACAGACCAGAUAGAUAAAGAAUCUUGAAGACCGAAACCGGAAAUCGGAAUAGAAUAGGUGCCAAGCCAAAAGCAAUAGUGAACCUGAACCUAAACCAGGACCAGAUGCAAUAGUGUUAAUUUGGGUUUGCCGACAUUCGCACUCUUUCAAUUGGAUUACGCCCACUUGUUUCGGAUUAGGUUACGUUACGGUGACGAAGCAACCAGUGAUAUUGUACUGUAUACAUAGUAUAGGUGCAAUUAAUUUAGACGCGCUCACUUAAAACGAUUA